GCUGCGCUCCGCUCCGCGCGGGCGGCGUUGCGCGAUGGUCGGCGGCGGCUCUCGGCAGCGGGAGGCGGCGGCUGCUGCGGGGACACCGACCUGCUGGUUGUGGGCCGGUCUGAGCGGGGGAAGGCUGGACUAUUAAGACAUCCUGUUUGAUUGAAAGAAGUUGCUCGUACUUGUGGAGUGACUUAUGAUGUCAAGAACUGUAUCAUCCUGGAUCUUAGGCUCAGCAAGGAACAGCUUUGUUUUACAAAGAAGAGGACGCUUGUAUUCCAUAUGUGUCCCAAACAGACACAAAAUAAAAUGGAAGCUUGUUUUUUCCAAAACACUUCUCUACCCUGGGACCUGCAGCUUAGACAAUACUUUCUCCUUGAGAAAAGCAUUCAGACACACCUCCACUGAAGAAGAAGAAUUCUCUUUCCAGCUGUCUCCAUCUCAGAUCAACGAUAUACUCAGAGCAGGUGAAUUAUCCCAUAAAAUACUGGAUUCAAGUUGUAAAAGUGCUAAUUCUGUGUUGAAGUUUGAAAGUAACCAACUGGCAUCCAAUACUCCUAUUGAAGACCGCAGGAGUGCAGCCACUUGCUUGCAGACCAGGGGGAUGAUGUUUGGUGUCUUUGAUGGCCAUGCUGGUUCUGCUUGUGCUCAGGCAGUAAGUGAGAGAUUACUUCAUUAUAUAGCAGUUUCUCUCAUGUCUCGACAAACGUUGGAAGAAAUGGAGCUUGCUGUGGAGUGUAUGAAACCAGUUAUUCCUAUUCUGCAGUUGCACAAGCAUCCAAAUGAUGUAGAGCAUCGAGAAAUGACUUCACAGUAUUUUGAGAGCCUGCGAGUUUACUGGCAGCAUUUACUGGACCUAGACAUUGAGCCAGGAUUUAGUUUGGAAGAAGCCAUGAUAAGUGCAUUCAAAAGGUUGGACUCGGACAUAUCACUGGAAGUUCAGGCUCCCCAGGAAAAUGCACUGGUGAGAAACACUGCCCUUCAGGUAGCUUUUUCUGGUGCUACGGCAUGUGUAGCUCACAUUGAUGGUAUUCACCUGCAUGUUGCAAAUGCUGGUGAUUGCAGAGCAAUUUUAGGGGUUCAUGAAGAAGAUGGAAGUUGGUCUACUAUCCCUCUAACACGAGACCACAAUGCCUAUGAUGAAUCUGAAAUCAGAAGACUAAAGAGAGAACAUCCUAGGUCUGAGGAGAAAACGCUAUUUGUGAAUGACAGAUUACUGGGGAUUCUCAUGCCCUCCAGAGCUUUUGGAGAUGUGCAACUAAAAUGGAGUAAAGAAUUGCAACACAGCGUUCUUGAGAACAGCUGUGACGUUGGGGCUUUAAAUAUUUAUCAGUAUGUUCCUCCAAACUACCAUACACCCCCAUAUUUAACAGCAGAGCCUGAAGUCACAUACCACAGACUAAGAGGCAAGGAUAAGUUUCUCAUUAUUGCUUCAGAUGGACUAUGGGAGAUGCUCAGUAAUGAAAAGGUUGUAAAACUAGUUGCUGGACACCUUACAGAGCUUAAUGUGCAGAAACCACAGCUGGCUUUUGAGAAACCAGUUAAUUUGGGUUAUUUGCACAACCUGUUACUUCAGAGGAAAAACAGGGGUAUUACCUCACUGGACCAGAACGUAGCGACGCAUUUAAUACGGCAUGCGAUUGGGAAUAAUGAAUAUGGGGAAGUGGACCAAGAGAAACUUGCUGCGAUGCUGACACUGCCUGAAGACCUUGCAAGAAUGUACAGAGAUGAUAUCACAGUUACUGUAGUGUAUUUUAAUUCAGAAGCAAUUGAAAACUAUUACAGAAACAACGAAUAGACUUGCAUUGCUGCUAUUCUGUACUGCUAGCCAACUUUGAUAUUGAAACCGUUACUGUUUUUCCUUGAUAGUCAAGCUGUUACCAGUGUUAGAAACCUUUUUGUUACUUACUAGUUCUGAAAAAAAAAAAAAACCCAAACUUUCUACAAGUGCAUUUGUUGAUAGUUCCCUGGAUUUCCAAGUCUGUAGACUCUGAAGAAAAAUGUUUUGAUGAAAUUUCACUGCAGUGCAGCUGAACUAAAGAUUGCUGACUCAGUUCUGAUUCCAUGGGAACUGCUGGCAAAAUUUUACAAACGAACAAAGGAGACAAAUUUGAAUUAGGCUGUUAAAAUUUAGUGGGCAGAUGGGUAAUACCUGUAGCUGCGUGGUGCGUAGGGAAGUCCUACUGUUAUAGAAAAUGAGUAGCAUUCUCCUGAAGCACUGUAUCUGAAUUCAAUAAACUACCAAACCAUUAUUUGA